CUUGUUGCUUUCAUCUGUUUUGCAUUCAGCUAGAGCGGGGAGAUCGACAGCUAUCGUCAUAUUUUGUUGCCUUAUGCUAUGGUCCCACCAUUGGUCGAAUGUGGCGAAGCCAAGAUUGUUCCUUGCGGAGAUUAGUCGCCAGAUGUAUCUCUCGACGGUGGGCCGUUGGCUGAAAGGGCGGCGUUGUCACCCCUCUUCACGCCCUGCCACUCUUCAGGGAGAAGGACCAAUUUUCUUUCCUUUUCAAACAUACUGAUCCUCUUCAUCCCAACUGUCCUUUUACGGCCUCCAGCUCCCCCUGCGACCUUCUAUCGUCCAAAAAGAACAGACCACCAACAACAGGGCACACGACAGGGCGGGCAUAAAUGCGCUUCCCAACAAGCUGGGCAACGCUAUUCCUUGUCGCCGGCUCCGUGCGUGUUGCCGCCGACCCCUGGAGCCGGCCUGUCGACGAGGCGGUCGCUAAGCAAUCCUAUCCAGGCUAUAAGUCAGGUUAUCGUCUAUCUUACAAAACAAAAGAGCGCGUUACAAACAUGUGGCAUCGCAUCGAAAAGGUCCGCCCAGUGCAGGUUGCAGCCCGCAAAGAGGUCAUACGAGCCCCCGAGAACGUCGACCUAGGCCCAGACAUCAAGGACCGCCUCUGGCGUAGCGAUGUGAUUGCGACUCCAACGAUCACCUACCUCAAAUUUCCGGUGGGCUUUGUCUAUGGCACUGCUUCUGCCGCGGCCCAGGUCGAAGGCGCGGUCAAAGCGGACAACCGCGGGCCAAGCGUGUGGGACUCUUUUGCCCACCUGGUUCCUGGCGGUAUGAGGAACAACGACACCUUUGACGUAGCCACCAAUUUCAGGUAUCUCUAUCCCCUCGAUCUGGCCCGUGUCCGGGCUAUGGGCGUGAAGGCGUACAGCUUUAGCGUGUCGUGGUCUCGCGUAAUGCCCCUUGGCCGAGGCGACGUCAGUCCAGAAGGGCUGCAGUUCUACGAAGACCUCGUCGAGGAAAUCAAACGCCACGGCAUGGAGCCCGUGGCCACUCUGUUCCACUGGGAUGUGCCACUGGCACUCCAAGAAGACUACGGUAGCUUCUUGAAUGAGCAGAUUGCCCAGGACUUUGUCGACUACGCCUCCCUCAUGUUCACUCGACUAAAUCAGAAGGGCGUCAAGCUCUUCUUCACGUUCAAUGAACCUCAGGUCUUCUGCAAUCAGCGAUUUGGGCUGUCUAUUCAACACAUCCAUGGCUGGAGCGAGAUACCGAAGAAUGUCAGCUACCUUUGUUCCGGCAAUCUUCUCAAGGCACACGGUCGGGCACACGAGCUGUUCCAACAGCUACGUCAGAACAAGACGAUUGCAGGGGACUGCAAGGUGUCGUACAAGAAUAGCGGCUCGUACAAUGUCCCCUAUCGGAACCACAAUGAAGAUGACGUCGACUCCGUGCAACGUAACAUCGACUUUGGUCUGGGACUCUUUUCAGAGCCUAUCCACAAUUCGGGAAACUAUCCGAAGGUCGUCCGAGAGGAAGUCCCCAAAGAAUGGCUGCCAGAGUUGACAAAGGAAGAUCAAAGGAGGCUAAAGGGAUCGGCCAACUUCUUUGCGACAGAUUACUACGGAUCGACGGUGAGCCGAUCGACCGAGCUGGACGGUGGGUACAAAGCAUGCGUCCGUAAUCACACCCACCCGGCAUGGCCCGUAUGCACAGACACCGCUACCGUCCUGGAGUCUGGCUGGCCCUUGGGUGAGAGCUCUGACUCAACAACCGAGACGUGGUUGUACAGCACUGCUGGCGUCUUGCGCCACCAUCUCAAGCAGAUCAAAAAGCACUUUGACGUCAAAGAAGGCAUCUACCUCAGCGAAUUUGGCUGGGCUGAGAAGGGUGAAGCCGCCAAAAAAGAUCUCGGAGACAUCAUGCUGGAUGACGGCCGACAACGCUACUACACUCAGUACCUGGGAGAGGCACUCAAAGCCAUUGAGUAUGGCGGCAUUCCCCUGCUUGGCGCCUUUUGUUGGAGCGCCACAAGCAACGUCGAGUGGGAGGUAGGCCUCGAGAGCAGAUUUGGUCUCCAGUCGGUCAAUUACUCGGAUCCAGAACUGCCGAGGACCUUUCUCGGUUCCUUCUUUGUAGUUCGAGAUUUUUUCAAGAAGCAUCUCCACCACUAGAUAUACUACGAAGCUUUGCAUGUCGGUACUAGAUCAUCGAAAUG